CAAGAUCGACACCAACGUUUCCGCGUGCAGUCUUGGUCAUGGUCUUCGUUUUCUGUCCCGCCAAUGGAGGUCUGACCAACAGGUUUCCCAUGGUCGGUGCCUGGCCGUGGGGCAAGACGCACGGGGUCUGCGUGCCCCCCGAAUGCUGACACAUUGCCACUGCACUCAGACAGUUGUCCGUGCAAACGCCUCGAAGCCACAUUUGGGAGAGACUCGGUGUGCCCGCUGGUGCCCCCCCCCCAGGGGUGACAGCAAAAGGUGCUCCCAGGGUUGUCAGCAGUAAGCUGCGCCGCCAUGCUGGGUGCUGGAUUGACCCCGAACGGGGAUUCUUUGACGGCGCCACGAUACUUGCGGAUUACAGACGAAUCUUGGUACCCGGUAUACGCGUCUGGGAAGAAGGAGGACACCGCAAUCUACACGUGCGGCCUGGGCUACGCUGGGCAGUGCCUGCUGCGCGUGGACGGCCCUGAGGAUGACGGCACGCGCACUUUCGCGGUGGAGAGGCAGGGCGUCCAGCUGCUGGUCUGGCAGGUGCAGGGGGAGUCGCUGGAGCCACUCAAGCAGUGGGUGUUGGACCCAGUGACGGCAGAGUUCACUGGCGACGGUCAGCUCGGAUCCGUUUCGUCGUACGAUACGCGUCUCUCGAAUGGAAUGCUGCGCCUCUCCGACGGCUUCCUGCAGACCUACGACAUCAUCUGCGACAAGGUGCGCGGGAGGGCCGUCUGCUGCGGCAUCGCGCGGCACCGCCGCGCGCUGGGCGGGGCAGGAGCCCACGGCGGCUGCUCGACAGGUUGCCCACUGCCGGGGCUGCCGUUGCCGCGGGACGCGAGGGCGGCCCGGGCGGCCUCUGGAGCGAGCAGUGUACCCUCCUCUGACUGGCGAUGCGCGUGGCGCAUGGGGCCAGAGCCGAUCGUGGCGGGGCGCCUCCUGUUCAGCAGCGACACCUACUGGGACUGGCGGGCGACGCACGCUGGAGCGCCUGGCGCGAUCGGGGGGCCGUUCCUCUUGCACAUCUGCAAGGGUUUGCCCUGCGACGCCCAGCCUCCUCGCCGGCGCGAUGAGUCGGCGCGCGCGACGGCGGCCACCUUCCUGGAUCGGGAGAAGAUCGAGGUGGCCUUCGACGGGGGUCUGGCGCUGAAGGCGGAGGCGGUCUGGCCCGAACGCCUUUUCAGCCCGCGGGCGCGCGGCGGCGGGCGGUCUCGCGCGCCCCGCCGCGCGAGUCGCCCGAAGGUUCGGGUGGCGCCGCCUGCGGGGCCUUUCGACGAGCUCAGGGGCCAGGACGCCCUGGCCGACGCUGGAAAGCCCCCGUCGGACCAUCGCACGCGCCAGGAGACCCCGCGGCGCAUGCUGGUGGAGGCGAUGGAGCGACUCGCCGAGAUGGCGGAGCCCGCGGGACGCGACGCGGAGAUGCAGCUGCAGGCGGUCCUGCCGCGGGCGCCGAGCCGCCGAAGCGCAGCCUCGCAGGGCGAGGCAUGCAGCGGCAGCACGCAGGAGCUCGCGUCGGCGCUGUUCGCAGUCCCGAAGUCUUCUGUCCCGCAGGCGGCGGGCAGCACAGGGGGCUCGGCAGUCGGCAAUCUGCCCCCAUGCGCGGACGGCUCGGGGCUGCCGCGCAGGCUGGCGACGGGGCGGGCUCGCUGCAGGAAGCUGGCGACGGAGUUGCCAGGCAAGUUGUCGGAGCUCGCCCUGGGCGCGAUGGGGUCGCACCUCGGCAACCUCGCAGGGGACAUGUUGGUCGUUCCGACACCGCCGACCGCGCUGCGGCACUUGCUCACCGCGCGAUUGCCGCAGGACCCAGCGCAGCGGACCAGCGCCACGCCCUACCUCGAAAUGCAGAUGCUCACACGCAGGCGGCUGUCGGCUCCAGGGCGAGACGCCGCAGGGCGCCGACCUGCCGACGCAGUGCCUUCGGGCGGCCCAGCUGAGCUGCAAGGAGGCGAGGGCCAAGCGGCCGAGGAGCACGGGCGAGCCGGCGAAUGCCUCCAGCCAGCGCUUGCUGAGGGCCACGCGCGCCACGCGCCAGUGAAGGAGGAGGUCGCGGCGCGGUCCUCAGCCUGUGGCAGCGGGCCGCUGCUGCUGUCGCGAGACUACCCCUGGUUGGAGGCGGAAGGAGCCAAGGGCCGCUUCCACCUCGAGACGGCGGCCACGAGCGAGGCGCUGCCGCCGAGCGCCUGGAGCUGGAGGGCCCCCCUUGGUGUCGACUUCGCGGCCCAAUUGGCGCAGCUCGCGGAGGACCACUGGCAGCCCGGGCACUUGCUGCAAGCAAUCGACGCGUCGGCUGCUAGGGUCUGGUCAGACAGCAAGAAGAGCGGGCUUGCCCCGCGGAGUCGCCCUGUCGCGCGUCAGGCCAUAGAGGAGGCUCGGCAUAUCCUGGCGGUGGUCGGCCUCGACUACCUGCACGGCGGCCGCUGCAGGGAGGCAUGGAAGCUCCACCGACGCCUGUCACAGGGGCGGCAGCGGCCCCUCGCGUUCUUGCAGGAGGGUGCGACGAGCUUCGCGGGGGACCCGUUCGGGAAGAUCGUGGUUCCUUUCGCGGGCGAGGUCUUAGCUGAAGCAGAGAACGACUACGCGGGCGCGACGCAGCCGCCCAAGGCCGAGUGCGCAACGACGCUGGAGGCGCUGGACUUCGGGGGGCCCGAUUUUGCGGAUUGGCUUUCGAUCCCGAGCGAAGCCCCCCUGCCCAAGGAGGGCGGGCCCGACCCCUUGCUGCGGACAAGGGUCAGCGUCGAGUCCGAGCCUGCGUGGCGCGAGCUGUGGUUGUCCAUCUCCGGUCCGUUCGCCGUCGAGAAGAGAGGCGCGCCAAGCCCUGGGGUCACCCGCGCCACCCGGCUCAUGUUAGCCAUGGGGUCAGGCAGCGCCUUGCUGGAGCUACGCGCGGGCGAGGCGGCGGAGCUGGCCAGGUCGAUGAGUUGGGUCUCGCUCCACCUCCGCGAGGGGGAGCUGCUGCUGGCGGUGGGCGGCGACCUGAAGGGGGCCUCUUUCUUCGUGUUGAGGGCUCCUGCGACCUGGCAUCCCUGCAGGAUGGUGGGCAUGCCACUCCCCGGCGCCCUGUUCGUCCGCCUCAAGCGCCAGGUGUACCUCGUGCCGACGGUCAUCGCGUUGGGCUGGAUAUUGGUCGCGCCCGUCUACCAGCAUAUCCACCGCAGGCUGCGGCGCCUGCGGCCACCGUCGGGGGCUAGCCUGCCGCCCAGGCCCGAGUGGCGGAAGGGCGAGGCCAGCCCUAUCGGGCACGUCUACAUCGACGAUUUUGACACGCCAGAAACUGUCGCGGAGGCGCGCGCCCGCCAGCAGGUGAGGGCAGAGGCUGACCUCCCGCAAUGUGCCCGCGCGGCUUGCCGCCGCGCUGGCGUGGCGCACUCGGCCGGGGAAGCGCACUUGCACCGGCUGCGGACUUGGCGCAGGGACGCGGACGCCUUCGAGUUCAGGCGCCCGUUGUUUGGCUUGCUGAGCCCCGUCUGGGCGCUCACGGGGGCGCGCGCGGUUGCCCGCUACGACGCUCAGAUGGUGGGGGAGCUGAUAUUCAACCUGGUGCUGCUGCCCGUGACUACCGCCCCUCUGCGCAGCCACGUGGACGGGAUGACCGCCGUCUCCGGCGCCUCGGAGUUCGGUGGGGGAGUCUGCGCGUCGGCGAACUUGAGGCUUGAGGCCCACGUGGGCCCGGCGGUGUCCCGAACGGCCUCGGCGGCCCAUGACGUGGCAGAUCACCUGGGAGUCGGCGCUCGGCUGCUCGGCGCGCAGAUGGACCCGCGGGUCGAUUGGGGCGACGUUGUGCGCGUCGUCAGCAUGCGCGUCGCGGGCGCUGGCGGCCCGCGCCAGAACCUCGCGCGCCUCGACGCGGGCGGGGGCGGGCCUCGAGAGCGCAGGAGCUCGCUGCUCCUCGAGGUCCCGUGGAUCAUCGACCUCCUACGGCUGGCUUUUGGAGCGAGGCUGCACACUCUGCUCGACACCGUCGCGGGCUUGUCGGAGGCCAACGUCCAGGCGAUCGCCAGGCGGCCGAAGGUUGUCCCCCACCUGUUCUGCUCGCCCGCCUUCGUUCCGUGCCGCAGGCCGCGGCUCUACUGGCUCAGUGGACAGCUGCGCCUCACCGCGCGGCGCAGCGGUGCCGACGGGGGCCCCCGCCUGGAGGUCAUCGCGGCAAUGGGCUUGACGAUCGACCUCGGCUGGGAGGACGCCGGCUGGCGCCAACGGAGAGCGGCCUGCCCCGUUCCCCGCGCUCGCGUGCUGCAGCUCGCCCUGGCCUCGAGUAGGGCGAGAGACCGCUGGCAGGCCAACUCCUUCUGUUUUCACGUUGUGCUGUACGACGACAGAUACCUUGGCUUUGCUGCCAGCGAGGAGCCUGGACGCCUUCCAGGCUGCGAGGAGAGGGAGGGACCGCACACUGCCGCCGCCACGAAGGUCUCGAACUCAGAGGGCGCGGCGGACGCCAGGUGCCUCGUCCUCGGCAGCAGCUCGAGCGCGCAUCCCGCGGCAUGGGCUUCGCAGCACGAGCUCCAGGCGGAGGGGGCUCUUGCGCGGCCCGCGACGAUCAGGGAGCUUGCGCACGGUGGGGAGCGUUGCGAGAUUUGGAACCAGUGCGGGACAUUCGAGGGCAACGCUGGUUGCCACGACACGGAAGAGUCGAGGCGCCUCGUCCUGCGCUGCUUCGGCCUUGGCGAAUGGGGCGGCUUGGACACCGCAUCGAUCGGGGCCUGCCCUGCUGCUCAGGAGCAGGCCGCGCUGCUGGCGACGCUGUCGGCCCUGCGCUGA